AUGGGUUUGUCUAAGCUAAGUAUUAGUGAUGUUGAUCUGAAAGGGAAGCGUGUCCUUAUUCGUGUCGACUUUAACGUACCCAUGAAGGAUGGUAAAGUCACUAAUACACAAAGGAUCUCUGCAGCCAUACCGACAAUUAAGUAUGCUUUGGAUAAAGGCGCUAAAAGCGUUGUGCUGAUGUCGCAUCUUGGUCGUCCAGAUGGCAACAAAGUUGAUAAAUAUUCCUUGAAACCUGUGUGCCCUGAAGUCUCCAAACUUUUGGGCAAAGAAGUUACCUUCCUUCCUGACUGCGUUGGUCCUGAAGUAUUGAAAGCUUGUGCAGAUCCACCUGCUGGGACUGUAUUUUUGUUGGAGAACUUGCGCUUCCACGUGGAAGAGGAAGGAAAAGGUGUUUCACCCACUGGCGAAAAAACGAAAGCCACUGCUGACCAAGUCAAGGCCUUCAGUGAAAGCCUAACGAAGCUGGGUGACGUUUACGUAAAUGAUGCAUUUGGUACUGCUCAUCGAGCUCAUGCUUCCAUGGUUGGUUGUCAGUUGCCACAAAAGGCCUGUGGAUUCCUGAUGAACAAAGAAUUGACAUAUUUCGCCAAAGCUUUGGAAAAUCCUGAACGUCCAUUCUUGGCUAUUCUUGGCGGUGCCAAAGUUAGUGACAAGAUUCAACUGAUCAAUAAUAUGCUUGAUAAAGUAAACGAACUAAUCAUCGGUGGUGGUAUGGCGUAUACAUUUUUGAAACAGUUGCACAACAUGAAAAUUGGUGACAGUCUAUUUGAUGCACCAGGUGCUGAAACUGUCAAUAAAGUAAUGGAGACAGCAAAAGCGAAAAAUGUUGCAAUUCACUUACCAGUCGACUUCAUUACUGCUGAUAAGUUUGCUGAGGAUGCGAAGACUGGAUCAGCAACCAUAGAGUCUGGAAUUCCUGAUGGUUGGAUGGGUUUGGAUAUCGGUCCAAAAACAGUUGAAGAAUUCCGCAAAGUUAUUGGUCGAGCUAAAACUAUUGUUUGGAAUGGUCCUAUGGGUGUUUUUGAAAUGGAUAAGUUCGCUUCUGGAACAAAGGCAGCAAUGGAUGCAGUAGUUGAUGCCACCAAACAUGGAGCUACAACUAUCAUUGGUGGUGGUGAUACAGCAACUUGUUGUGCCAAAUGGAAUACAGAGGACAAAGUCAGUCAUGUUAGUACUGGUGGUGGUGCUAGCCUUGAGCUUCUUGAAGGUAAACAAUUACCUGGAGUUGUCGCACUUACAGACGCUCACUAA